GGUAGACCGUAAAAAAUGGCAGCUACCUUGCCGUCGCUCCCGCCGCUGCCGCCGACGCCGACGCCCGCGGCCACGACCCUGGCCGGGAACCUAACCUCCUCCUUCCUCUCCUUCCCUGCUCCCCGGCCCCGCCUCGCCGCCACGCACCGCCGCGCGGUCGUGGCCGCCGCCUCGUCCAGGCCUCCGCCUCCGCCGUCUCCGGAGGGAGGAGACGACGAGGACGAGGAGGAGAAGGAGGUGGAGAGGGCCAUGGGGAUGGACGGCGGCAUCCCCGGGACCUCCGGCGAGCUUCUGCGCCAAGUCUCCUCCCGCGCCUACGGCAUGCGGCGCCACCUCAUGGAGUCGCUCGACGCCCUCGCCUACGACGUGUUGGAGACAAACCCUUGGAGAGAACAACCCAAGCCAGUCUAUGUGCUGGCGAGAAGAGACAACCAACUAUGGACAAUGAAAACCCGCAGGAACCGCAGUGAAGUCGAACAGGAACUUGGAAUGCUUUUCUCAAAGGGAGGGAGUUCAGGAGUUGGGACUAAAUCAAAGUACUCUGGCUCCAAGUUCAGUAUGCUUGUUGAAGAUGUUACAGAGGGAGUACUGGUGUUUGAAGACGAGGAUGAUGCUGUAAACUACUGUGACCUUCUACAGGGAUGCGAGGGAAUUGCAGAAAUAGAGGCUUCAUCAGUAUUCAAUCUCUGCCGUCAAAUGAAAGCUCUUGCUGUCCUUUUCCGUCGUGGAAGGACUCCUCCAACGCCUCAAAGCCUUGAGCGUGACUUGAGGGCGAGAAACCGGUCACUGGAAGACUAGGAUAUUUUGAUACAUAUGGUGUAUAUAUGUUAAUUGUAUUCAAUCUAGCUGUUGAAACAAAUGCCCUAGGCAUUGUAUAUACUACAUGUUACAUAGAUUCAAUUCAAAAAAGAGAGAUAUAAAAAGAUUGGUACAUAGAUUUAUUCAUAGCCAAGAGGGUGUGGAAGUCAAGUCUGACAGUAAGAACAUACAUUAGCCUGAGAUUAGCAAUCUCUGUAAUACUGAAUAUUCUUGUAAUUAUUUAAAUUGUUUACAGUGAAUAAAUGAGGAUACCAAGUUACUAUA